AUGACAAUCCAGGAAGGCGUUACCAACGGCGACGCACCCACAUCCAGUACAGCUGAGCUGCCUAAGGAUGGCGUUGAGAGUCUGGUGUCGGAACUUCGCGAAGCUGUUAUGCGUUUCCAACCAGAGAGGGUCCGAAGGCUACUGGAGCAGGACAACUGUCCGAUUGAUCGAACAAUCAUCAAUGAUGCUGCAGUGGCCUACUUCGACAAGGCUGUAUUCGAGAUUAUCGCGUCACACCUUUACAAGCAACGACAGGAACUUGUGAACCUCGCUCGAAAACACCUAUCGCCAGAGCAGCUAUGGCAAUUAGGCGUACGCCCUAACCAACGCAGGUUAAAUUCUCAGGCAGCUGCUGUGGCAGCAGCUCUGGCCGCAACCGAGGCGGUCGAUUACAAUACAAUCAAGCUACUGGUUCCCGAUAUUAUUUUCCCAGGUAGUGCCACAUCCGUCUACUUCUUGGUCGGCUGUAAUAAGGACGCGGCGCAAAUACUGUACAAUGUUGGUUUCAAGAACGUUGGCGAAAGGGACCAUCUAAUGUACACGCCGCUUACGGCAUUAACCCUACCGAAGAGGACCGGUUACAAUGGUCAGUAUAAGGUCGACACUGCCGCGCGUGCUUUCUUCAACUAUCUCGAAAUGUGUAAGUGGUUCCGAGACAGAACGGCCUGGUUGUAUCGCCCGCUCGGAGUUUCGCGGAUAACAGCCCUGCACUAUGUUGCUGGCAAGAUUGGAAAAGCCUUCGCGUCUUUGGUUGAGGAGCAGCUCGAAAUGAACCCGGGGGAAGACACAGAAUCGCAUAGCCAUCGAUUUGUCGAAAACUGGACAGUGUUUUUCCAGCCGAGUAUAUCCAAAUCGGGCAUCAUCAGAGCAAUAAUGAGGGCUACAAAGCACCGCGACCUGUUUUCUUGCCCAUGUUCUGCCGAGGGCUCCGUUCCACUGAACGUCCUACUAAAUGAGAUUAUAAUCAACUACAUCCCCACCAAUAAAGGUAGGACCCCAGCAGUAAUAAGCGGCUUAGUUGGAGCUUUUCUCCUCGCCCAGAAGCCGACAGGGUCUCAAGAUGCACGAUAUACUCCCUACCUACACAAACGUGUCGCCUCAGUAGUGUUCCGUGCCUGCUCGUUUGCAUGCCUCGGCCUUGCGCAUUCAUGUCGAUCUGCAAGCAUUAAUCAGCUCACCGUGUUGUCCACCGAGAGACGGAUCACUCACAAUGAAUUGGACGAUCUGGUUUCGGAAUACGAGGCGGAAUUUCAGCAGUCAGACAAGUCGAUAGCGAUGUUUCUCAUUGAGGAGUGGGCAAUGGGCAUGACGCGUUACCAGUUGCGAAAACAGUCCAAGGAUCAGCCAAGUCGAUAA